GAAUUUGAAUUCAGUUCAAUUCCUGAAAUUCAACUAACAAGAUGCCUACCUCUGCUGAUAGUGUUUUCAUUGCCCGUUCUGCCGGUAUAUCCGCGGAAGGGGUACGAGAUCAAUACGCCGACGGCAAAGCGGCUAAAGUUUGGGAAAUAUUUAUUGGGGACAAAAAUUCACGUACAGAAAAUUAUAAAAAUUUCUUAAUUGAAUUACUUCGAUCAAAAGGUUGCAGGCGUAUCCUCGAUGUAGCGUGUGGAACGGGUGUUGACUCAAUUAUGUUGCUGGAGGACGGCUACGAGGUGGUUUCAGUGGAUGCCUCCGACAAAAUGUUGAAAUAUGCAUUGAAAGAGCGCUGGAACCGACGUAAGGAGCCAGCUUUCGAUCGUUGGAUAAUUGAGGAAGCUAAUUGGCUGACCUUGUACGACGAUAUUAAACCAAUUGUUGGCGAGGGAUUUGAUGCUGUGAUUUGCUUGGGAAAUUCGUUUGCCCAUCUUAUGGAUGAUAGUGGAGCGCAGCUCGACCACAAACAAGCUAUUAAAAAUUUUCAAAAGUGUCUUAAGACUGGUGGAAUAUUAUUUAUUGACCACAGAAACUACGACGAUAUCUUAGAAACGGGAGACACACCAGCGAAAAGUAUAUAUUACAAUACAAGUCAUACUGCUGACAUUAAAACCUCUGUCCUUUUGUAUUGCGGAAAACCUGCAAUGGUUACCAUGGACUACCAGAUUGAAGGAAAAAAUUUGAGCAGCGAAUUUCGGCUUUCGUACUACCCACACGCUCUCCAGAAUUUUACCAAAAUACUUAAAGAAAUUUUUGGAGAGAAAUCGAAACAUAAAUUAUAUGGCGAUUUCAAAGAAAUACAAGUUGAGAAGAAACCCGCCUUUUAUAUACAUCUUAUUGAGAAACAAUGAAUGAGUUAAGGUUUCUUAAAUGCUUUUAAAUUAUAUAACUUUACGUCGCCGUGUGUAUGUGUUAUCUAUUACCACCUUAAAUAUUAAUUAUAUUAUGUACAAUGUAUUUGUAAACAUAUUUUACUGCACUUUUGUAACAAAGACAAAAAUUAAUUUUAUUUCUAUGCAAAAAGUAAGAAAGGGUUAAGUACGAUAUUUUCAGGUGGUGGUAAAACUUUAGAUUUUAUUACAAAAUGUUGGACAUGAAUUUAAUAUUCGUUAUUUGAAAAAUUUGUAAAUUGAUUAUAAAAAUAUUUGGUAUCUUAUAAAUCUAUAACCUAUAGAUCACGCUUUA